GAAGGGACCAUUAGCCCUCCCCCUUUCUGUCAUCUGCAUGAUUAAUGCUUAUAAUAUUCACUUACUUGCAUAAAGUUCUCCCUGUCCCUCUCCUCUGCCUUCUUCUUCUUCUUCUUCCCUAUCAUAUUCUCUCUCAGCCUCUCUAAUUUUUUCCCUUUUUGGUUCUUUCUUGGUCCUUGAGCACUUCCUCUGCCUCUUUUGUCAGAGGCUUUGACCAAUAAAAUGCUUGUGGCAUUGCUGUUGCUGCUGGCUUUGAGCAAUGAAGUCAAGGUGAAUGGUGAUGUUGGAAGUGUAGCACAUUGUGAGAUUGCUCAUGGACUAAAACCAAGACCACACACUGUCUCCAUUUUGGAGUUUGGUGCUGUUGGAGAUGGUAAAACACUGAACACUAUUGCAUUCCAGAAUGCUGUCUUCUAUCUCAAGUCAUUUUCUGACAAGGGUGGAGCUCAGCUCUAUGUUCCCCCAGGAAAAUGGUUGACUCAAAGUUUCAAUCUCACAAGCCAUCUUACCCUCUUUUUGGAAAAAGGUGCUGUCAUCAUUGGAUCUCAGGAUCCAUAUCACUCGGAAGUUGUUGAUCCGCUGCCUUCGUAUGGCCGCGGAAUUGAAGUCCCCGGAGGAAGAUAUCAGAGCUUGAUAAAUGGAUACAAGUUAGAAGAUGUUGUCAUAACAGGUAAUAAUGGAACCAUUGAUGGAAUGGGAUUGGCUUGGUGGGAAUCGUUUAGCUCUCACUCGCUGAACCAUAGCCGUCCGCAUCUGAUUGAAUUAGUAGCAUCUAGUCAUGUGGUAGUUUCAAAUCUUACAUUCUUGAAUGCUCCUGCAUAUAGCAUCCACCCAGUUUAUUGCAGCUAUGUCCAUAUUCAUAAUCUUACAAUCUUUGCUCCUCCAGAAUCUCCUGAUACUGUUGGCUUAGUACCAGAUUCGUCCGAUCAUGUUUGCAUAGAGGACUGUGUAAUUGCCACAGGCUAUGAUGCAAUUGCUCUCAAAAGUGGCUGGGACGAGUAUGGCAUAGCCUACGGCCGGCCGACGGAGAAUGUACACAUUAGAAGGGUGGACCUGCAAGCUUCUUCUGGCUCCGCUCUCGCAUUUGGAAGCGACAUGUCUGGUGGUAUUUCAAAUGUUCUUGUGGAGAAUGCUCAUCUCCACAACUCAAAUGGCGGCAUCGAGUUUAGAACCACCAGGGGUAGAGGUGGUUAUAUGAAGGACAUCAUCAUAUCAGAUGUAGAAAUGAAGAAUGUUUACACAGCAAUUGCUGCAAGAGGCCAUUGUGGGUCUCAUCCUGAUGAUAAAUUUGACCCCAAUGCUCUCCCAGUUUUGGAUCACAUCAUUUUGCAAGAUAUCACAGGCACAAAUAUUACCAUUGCAGGAAACUUUGCUGGACUUCAAGAUUCCCCCUUCACCAACAUAUGCCUUUCCAACAUAACCUUGUCUAUGAACUUUGCUUCCUCUAUCACUUGGGAAUGCUCGAAUGUCUCCGGAUAUUCAGAUUCUGUUUUCCCCAAACCCUGUCCUAAUCUGGAGAGCCAUUCUGAUUCUUCCUCAUUCUGCCUUUCCAUGCUCUCCAUGCCGAGUACCGGUAGAGAAACAGCAGUCAUGUGAUAAUUUUUAUCUACCAAAGGCUCAUAUACUUGAGUUCUCUGCAUGAUGUCGAUGAAAAAGUGAAUAUCUUGCUACAAGCCACAUUCUUUUCAAUGAGAAAGUUAUUUUGAUUAUUUAUUUUUUCAUCUUCAGAUUUACAUUCUUGUGUGCUGCAAACAGCACAUUAUAUGUACAGUUCUAUUAUUCAUUCAUGUAUAAUGAAAUUUUGGUAAUACCCGCAACAGGAUUCAA